AUGGCGACAUGGUCAUUAAAUGUGAUCGAAGAAGAAGACGACCUGUUAACUUGCAGUAUUUGUCUAGAGAUAUUUAAAAGUCCUAAAUAUUUGCCAUGUCUUCAUACGUUCUGCAAGUUAUGUAUUCAUACAUACAUUGAGUCAUCUGAUGCGAAGGAAAACAUUAAAAUCGGUUUCAUGUGUCUAUGUCAGUUGGAGAGCUUUCAAUCCCGAUCCUAUUUCGGACCCCCUGAUUUUAAGAGGGCGUAUCUAAUUAGUCAUGCCAGAUUAACUUUUAGUAAAUUGAACCUCAACUUAAAGACCUACACCGGGUAAAUA